UUUAUUGGAGCGUAUGUGGCCCAAUAAGAUCUAAUAGAUGGAAAUCUGAAGAUUUCCAAUUUAUCGAUCUAUAUCUGGCGAUGGACACGUUUUAGCCCUACUAUCAUCCUUCAUACGGAAAUCACCCACGAAAAUAAAUCAAUUUUUUUAUAAGUGCAUAAUUGAUUGAAUAUAUUGAAAAUUUCACGAUUAAAUAAGUGUAUAUCAUUCAAUAAUAAAGUUAUGUGGAAGUAAAAAUUAAACCCAACACGACGUUGAGUUACUAAAACAACUGCAUCGCGCUGGCAUCGAAGUAAUGAAACUAUAUUAUUGAGUCCAUUUUUCAUUCUCUACGAAUUCAUUGUGCCUUAUGUCAUCAAAGAACAAACGGACCAAACAUUCGAGAGAAAAGAUGCCGGAAAAUUUGAACGAAAAAUUAUACUACAACACAGUUUUGUGUCAAACUUUUUCGCCAAAUGGAAAUUUUCUUCUCGCUGGCAACAUAUACGGGGAUGUUUCGAUAUACAAUUUGCCAAAAGUUCUCGGUCCCAGACAGAUGGACAAUGAAAAUGAAUUGUCCGGGCCAACUUAUAGUUUCUCUGCACAUCCCGAUUCCCAAGUAGAAAGUAUGGUUGCUACUGACAAUUUUCUUGUUACCGGAACAACGGGGGAAAUUGCUGGUUGGGAUUGGAACAUAAUUUUAUCAAACAAAGCUUCCAAGGUUAAAGCAUCGUGGAUUGUACAAAUUCCUGCUGACAAGGACAGUUUCGAGAAACCAGAUGUCAAUUGUAUGGUAUAUUGCAAAGAAAAUCAGAUUCUGUAUUUAGGUUGCGGAGACAACAAAAUUUAUGUUGUACAUCUCGAAGAUGGAAAAAUUUUAAGACAAUUAUCUGGUCACAAGGAUUAUAUACACAGCUUAGCCCGAGUAAACGACCAGUUAGCCUCGUCCAGUGAGGAUGGAACAGUAAGAUUAUGGGAUUUAAGGAAAUCAGAAAAUACUAAUAUUUUGACGCCACACUUGAAUGGAAAAGUGGCAAGACCCGCUAAGGGGAAGUGGAUUGGAGCAGUGGAUCUCACAGAAGAUUGGCUGUUAUGCGGCGGAGGACCAAAUUUGUCACUUUGGCAUUUACGAACCAUGGAAGCUGCUAUGAUUUUUGAUUUGCCAGACGACGGAAUUCACGUUGCUGAGAUUUACGAGGAAAGAAUUAUUGCUGGUGGAGCUAUGCCCAAUAUUUAUCAUCUAACUUAUCACGGUGAAAUAUUGGCUAAAGUUCCAACAUCUUCAUCUACAGUUUAUAACAUUGUUUUCCGUGAAACACCCUUGAAAUUGCUUAGCAUUGCAGGGUCGAGCAACAAUCUUGACAUUUGUACAAACUUCAACUAUCGUGAAAUGGUUCUCAAAUUUGCUUGACACUCAGAGUUCAAUAACUGUACAAAAUAAUGUAAUGUAUUUUUUAUUUUAUCUCUUGAUAUUAAAUGUGAAUAAAUUUGGAAUACUUUUCCUUCUUGGACCACA